AUGUCGUUUCGUCCACAGCAAAAGCGUCCCACUGUUCAAGCAAAACGUUAUCGUGCCGGCCAAGUGCCAGCCAAUUACGUGGAUGAAUUGAGUGAAUCAGAGGAAGAGGAAGAAGAACAACAGCAACAAGUCCAACCGCAGCAACCGCUGCCUCCCCAACAACCUUCACAGCCAUCAUCACUCCAAUUUGUACAGAAAGAUGUCGUCACCGGUGUUCAACAGAUCGAAAUCUCAGAAGCUGAUGCCGCUUCCGAUCGACGAUUACGACGUCUAAAACAAGCACAGGAAGCCGCAGCGAACGAUGUCGAACGAGAUCUUCACGGUCGACGACGAAGGCGGUUUGUCGAGCAAGAAGAACCCGAAACGGCCGAAGAAGAAAAAGCGAGAGAAAGACUUCGAUUAAAACAAAAGGCAUUGCAACAACAGCGAGAAUUAGAAGAAGCACAAGCAUUAGCCGACAAGGUGAAAGCAGUCGAAACAGCACAAGAGGAAGAAGAAGACGAAGAGGAGGGAGAGGAUGAAGAAGAAAGUGAAGAAGAAGGAAGUUCCAGCGAAUAUGAAACCGACAGUGAAGAAGAAUCCAUCCAUCGAUUGCCAAAACCGAUGUUUAUACCAAAAGCUCAUCGAGAAACCGUACUACAACAAGAGAAAUUACGUAAAUUGGAGGAAGAAAAGGAACGUCAAUUACAGCAAGAAAUCGAAGAGCGUAAGAAGCAAUCGCAUAAUUUAUUGGCAGAGCAACUCAAGCGAGAGCAAGAACAAGAUACCGAAAAGGACUUGACUGAAUAUCAAGAUUAUGUGGACGACACGGAUGGUUUGAAUGAGGAGGAAGAGUUUGAAGCCUGGAAAGUCAGAGAAUUGACGCGUAUCAAACGGGAUCGUGAAGAACGCAUUGCUCGUGAACGAGAAGAAGAAGAGCUGGAACGACGUCGUGCAUUACCCGAAGAAGUUCGACUGAAAGAGGAUAUGGAACGUGCAGAACAGACCCGACAAAAAGAGAAGGGUCAACACACAUUCAUGCAAAAAUAUUACCAUCGUGGUGCUUUCUAUCAGGAUAAGGACAGCGAUGUAUUGAACCGUGAUUAUUCUGCGCCGACCGUGGAUGAAGUGCGAAAUAAGGAACUGCUUCCCAAAGUCAUGCAGGUCAAAAAUUUUGGUUUGGCAGGCCGAACAAAGUGGACUCAUUUGGCAGCCGAAGAUACAUCACGACGAGAUUCCCCUUGGGAACGUCCUUUAUCCAGUGUUAAACGUCGAAGACGUGACUAA